UGGAAAUAAUUUAAAUAUAAAUACAUACAUGAAAAAUAAUGAGAAGAAAGUGAAUUGCUAUCACUGGGAGAUUAACAAUGUUCAGCGGAAUGGAAGACAGAUUAGAAUUGACGGCAACACCAGAAGCCAAAUAUCAAAAGUUGGCUAGCGAAUACUCAAAACUACGAGCGCGUGCCAGUGUACUCAGAAAAGCGGUUUUAGAUGAACAGUCAAAGGGAGACGGCUUACGGGAACAAUUGCGGCAUAGUGAAACGUCACUUCGACGGGCGGAGCAAGAAGUGGACUCUUUGGGUUUUCGAAACAGGCAGUUAGAACAUAGAGUAGCAGUUUUGCAAGAUGAAAUCGCAACGCAUGAAGGGCGCAAUAAACGCGAUAAAUGUAGUAAGGGCGAACCAUUGCAGUCAGCAGAAGGAAGAGUUACUGGAGCUGUUGGAGACUUGGCACAGGAUGCUCUGAUUUUCGAAGAACUUCAAAAGAAAAUAAUGGAAAACGCAGAACUAACCACAAUGAUUGAUGACAAAGAGCGAGAUCUGCAAAUUCAUAACGAACGCAUUGCCAGUUUGGAACAAAUGCUAGAUAAGCGUGUUGCUGAAUUCACAGAGACAGAAAAACGAUUACGUCGUGAAAUGGAAACGCUAGAAAAAAGAAAUUCGGAACUUGAAGCUAAGUUGGUCGAUGCAGUUAGUAUGCUGGGCAGUGAGGAUGCCCUUAGCGUUUCGGGUAGUGAUCACACCCCUUUACAUGUUGCUACCCCACAUCAUCAUCAUCCCUCCGCACUGUCUACAGCCAACGCACAUGCUGUCGCAACAGCCGAUGAACGUAUUUCUUGUCUAGAAAAAGAAAUGGUACACUGGCGUACACAAUACGAAAUGGCGAAAUUAAAACAAACAGUUAUUAUGAAUGACGGAAAUGGAAUCGAAUUAAAAGAUAAUGCAUCAACAACCGUGUCAGCCGCUGCUAUGGAUGCUGCUGUAGCGGAGUAUAAGAACUGCAGCUGUAGCAGUACAGCAGCUGGUUUAGUGGUGAAGCCCAUUUCAGUGGACGACAAAAGCGUACGGGAAUCGAUUAAAGAACCAAUAGUGCCGCCUACGAAAGAACUACUUAUUUAUAACACAUUUAGCCAAAAAUUCGAAGAUCUCCUGAAAGCAAAGUAUUUGGCUGAAUCUCGUAUUUCCUCGUAUGAAAUAGAAGUAGAACAUUUCCAAAUCUGUUUGGAAAAUGCAACACAGGAGUUAAAAGCAAAAGAUGAACAAAUGGGAAGCAUAAAUCAGGCAUUACAAAUGUUAGAGGAAGACUUGGCAACGACACGUGUUAAUUACGAAGAGCAGAUAAGUGUUCUCACGGAACAGGUGAUCAAUUUAAGUGAGCAGUUAGCUGCUUGUAAAUAAUAUAUAUGCAUGUAUUCACCUGUAUGUAUAUACAAGAUACGCCUGUGACAGAAUGCAAACACAAACAGGCUAGUAAAGGCCUUUCAUGGCAAACAAUAAUUGUAAAUUCCUCCAAAGAUGAAUGUCGUGUUUGUUCCGAUAUGCAAAUAUUUAUGAGAACAUCGUUUUGAUUAGCUUAGCAAACCGAAAUUGUUGAAUAUUUAGUGAACUUAUAAUUAA